AUGUCCAUGUUGUCGCGCCGUGUGUUGUGUUUGUUGGCCAUUGUGCUCUGCUGUGUGGGUGUGGCUCAUGCUGAUUCUGCUUCUGAACCGUCAGCAGUUAUGAAAAUAUAUGUUGAGCAGGCAAAUAAGUUGGCGGAAGAGACAAAGGAAGCGAAAGAGGAGUGUAAGAAGGCCGGCACGACUGCUCAGCAGGCCGCGAAAGAAGCUCAAUAUUUUGUUGCUACCACUAAUGAGACACUCGACACAAUUGCUGCUCACCCAGAAAAAGUGAACAAAACGAAGAUUCAAUGUCAUGAACUCAUUGAAAAGGCAACGAAGGCUGCAGCUGAAGCAAGAAAACUGGCCAGUAAAACUGGAGAAAUGGCAGAUAAAACUGACGACAAAGUCAGUUUUAUUCAGCUAUACGCAGAAAGAACUAAUCAGUCAAAAACAGCAGAAAUUCAGGAGGUAUUGAAAGUAAUUGAAGAUGCACAAAACGCGGUACUUGACGCUGAAGGACAUAUCGACGCUGCGAGAACUCAUGCUGAAGAAGUGANUGCACCUUGUGGUGUGUCUCACUCUGCAAUUGUGUGGUUCUGGUAA